AUGCAACCAUCAACAUCAUGGGCAUAUAAUGCUGGUAAAUUGGUACAGAUAAAUGGUCUUGAAUAUAAUCGAGCUCGAACAAUGGAUGAAUGUAUAAAAGCACUCGAACGAAGUUCAUUACCAACAUUUCCGGAUAGUAAUGAUGGAUCAUUAUGGUGUAAUGCGACCUUCGAUACAGUGCUGUGUUGGCCAGCAACACCAGCCAAUAGCAGUAUUACUGUACGAUGUCCACCACUCAAAGGACUUGACCCCGGAAAGAAUAUAACUAAAUGGUGUCAUAGUUCGGGUCGUUGGAUGGGCCGAGCAGAAGGUGACUUCUCGCGUCCUCAUGGCUGGACAAAUUUUACAAUGUGUUUUACUCGAGAAGUUGUUGAAAUGAUGACUAAACUCACUAAUGGAUCUCUUGUUAUAGCUCAAGAAGUAGCAAGGAAUGCCCGUAAAUUAGAAUUUGUUGGUCUUGGCUUAUCGCUCAUUUCUUUGCUCAUAUCAAUCGCUAUUUUUUCUUACUUCAGGAGAUUGCGGGUAUUUAGGAAUUUAUUACAUUUACAAUUAAUGAUUGCCAUAUUGAUGGUUGUUAUUAUUCGCCUUAUCCUCUACAUUGAUCUUAUUUUUACUGAUCGUCUUGGACCGCAUAAUUUGGACAGUAAUGAUGGAAAAACCAUAAAUACUAUGGUAUUUUUAUGCGAAACGAUGUUUUUUAUGCUUGAAUACUUCAAAACAGUCGCAUUUUGUUGGAUGUUUCUUGAAGGAUUCUAUUUGCAUAAUAAGCUUGUCUUUACGGUAUUUGCAUCCGAAGUACGCCUUAGACGUUAUCUUAUAACCGGAUACGGUUUUCCAUUGGUACAAACAUUUCUAUGGUUAGCAGUAAUACUAAUGAAGAAACAAGGAAAAAUGGAUCGAUGUCUUGGAUCAUAUUACCUCGAACCAGAAUUUUGGCUCUUAGAUGGGCCAAGAAUGUUUGAAUUAGUUAUAAAUUUAUUUUUCAUAUGCAAUGUAAUUCGUGUUCUAUGGACAAAAGUAAGUCAAUCACACAAUACAAGUGAAUUGGAUAGGAUGAAGAAAAGUGUGAAAGCAGCAUUGAUGCUAAUUCCAUUAUUAGGUAUACCAAAUAUUAUGCAAACUAUACCCUUCUCUCCAACGAAGGAUAAUAUUGUUUACUUUGCAAUUUGGACAUAUUGCGCAUCAUUCACUUAUAUGUAUCAGGGUUUUAUGAUUUCAAUCAUCUAUUGUUUUACUAACAAAGAGGUUCGAAAUGUAUUAAAGACCCAUUACGGUAGACUUAAAUUACAGCAUACAAGUACCAUAAAUUUACGUCAUGGUAGCAGAUCAAAUGUUCUGCGAAAUGGAACAUCGAGUGGUGCAUGGUUGAAUAAGUCUGAAAAUGAUAAAUUAUUAAGGAUACAAAAAUGUUCGAUUAAAAAUGGAGCUGAAGGACAUAAUCCAACUGGUUCAGCUUUAAUCUCUAUGACUCAGUCUGAAAUGUAUUUAAACUUGGACGAAAACGAUGGUAGUAUUAGUAAUAGAGAAGCAUUGCCAAAUAUAAAACAAACAAAGAAACGAAAAGACGGAAAGCGACAAUCUCUAAUGUUUCAAUGUUCUGAAAGUAUAACAGGAUUUACAGAUUGA